GGAAAUUAUUCCAAGAUGGCUGAUUCUGGCGAGCUGUUCUGACUGAAAAUCCUUUACCUUAAUAUUUUCUUUUGAAUAUAUAGUUUAAUUAUAUAUAACGACUAAAUAAGUGUAACUUCAUGACAUAUAUUAUACCAUGUAUUUAGUGUAAAAGGCAUGUGCGGAUCGAAUCAAUUGCUUUCUUCGUAAAUAUAAGUGUCUGUAGUUGCAUAGUUCAAGUGAUAAGACUUCAGUUGAUGUUUUUAUUCUGCUAUGAAGUUACUAAACUAUGUGAUCAACUUCUGAGUGAAAAGGAAUAUACUUAGUUUAAGUAUAAUUUUCCGUAAUGGAAAAAGUACAAAUAAAAAAGGAGCCGCCCAACGGCGGCCCCCCUGACCCACAUCGGACGAACGCAGACGCGCCAGAAGUAUGCUUCGUUUGCGGCAACCGCAACCACCCUCACUCGUACUGGCUGAACAUCAAGCCCGUGCCGAACAACCCCAAGGAACCGUAUUUCCCCUUCUUGGAGACACACGAGCCGCCCGCCCGUUACGUUCCCAAGAGCGACGUGGCCGUACCGGCCUGCUUCCUUUGCUACACCCUCCUGCUGCAACAGUGGGCCACUCACGAGCUCACCUCGAAGCCGCAUUCGGAGAGGCUCUACUGGCUCAAGAGGGUGGACAACGGGCCUUUCACGGGCGCCGACAUGGGGAUGCAGGGGGAGUAUGCCGCUCAGGUGCUCGGACUGAACGGUGACAGUAACUCUGUGAACAGUAUGGGACCGAAGCCUAAGCAGAUGAGGAUGAGCCCGAGGAUGUCGCCGAGGCCUCAGCAGGUUACCAACCAUGAUCGGAUAGCAGAAGAUCCAGUGUCCUUAGACUCCGCGUUAGACCUCACCCACUCACAGCUUCAAGUGAUACCGGCGCCGCCACAGCCAACCCAGUGUGUUUCAGUACCAAUAUACCACAGUCAGAAUUCGAAUUCGUCCACCGGAACGGACAUCUUGGAUCUGAGCAUGCCUGACAAAAACUCCGUCACGGAGGUCUGUUACGUCUGCGGUGACGAGUUCAAGCGUGGCAGCUUGGAUAUGAUCGCGUCCAAACAGCAGAUCGAGGCGAUCAACCAACCUUUUUUCCCGAGUCUGAUCGAGCAUCCCAGACCGAGCAGAUCUCGACCGAUCGAUUCGGCGGGGAAGGUGCAGGCUUGCGUGGACUGCCAGCAGUACCUACUGAAACAGUGGCAGGCCUUUCAGGCACAGGGUGUUCCGCACGCGGAACGGAAAUACAUACUGAGGAAAAGGGUCUCGUCGAAUAUAGAUACGACAACGUUCGUCUGUUACACCUGUGCCUUGGAAUACCCUUCUAGUAGUAUAAGACUUUUCUAUUGUCGACCUAACUCGGACAACGAACCUUACUUCCCGUUUAUCGCUACCAUACCAGCGCCCCCUGGUGCUAGCCCAAUUAGUCCACAAGGUAUGGUUCAGAUUUGUUCUGCUUGUUAUGAAACUAUUCCUUUGAAGCAUCAAGCCUACGGGGGUUCUGGGGAUACCAAUACAAGUUCCACAGAUAACCACGUAUCUGUUACGGAUGUGCAAUAUUUGAAUAAUUCUUCAUCUAGACCCAUCACUGCCAAAUCGCCAGCAAAUAGUGCGGGUUCUGACAUUAGAUAUAAGCCAUACAGCAUUUCUCCUGCCAUUGUAACCAGUAAAAAGAAGCAAGCUGCUAUAGAGAACAGGCAAAGGAUGGGUUUAGCAAGUAGAACAACUUCCCCUAUAACAGAUCUGAACGGUCAGACCGGUGGGCAGAGUUACAGGUGUUACAUUUGUUCUGGCCUUUAUCCGAGAACGCAAAUGGAAUGGCUGAGUACUUCUCCCGAAGGAAUGAACUCGCAUGCCAUGCAUUUUCCCUGUCUGAGCGGCAUGGCCAGAACGUCGGAGAACAGCUGUAAGGAUUCUCAUGGUAGAGUCCUGAGCUGUACGAAAUGCGUGAACCAUUUGGCCCAGCAGUGGGAGAGUUUUGAAAGUGACAGAGUUCCUUUAGAAAGGCGGAGGUAUGACGUACCUCUUCCAGAAACUACAUCGAACGGCGACAGGGGUAUACCAACGCCACCUAGCACGAAUAGUGAAAGAACUGUAACUAGUAACCCUGGGGCAAGUAGUAUUUAUUGUUUUCUCUGUGGACUACAUUCGGAGUUCGUUCUGGCCAGGGUUUUGUACAGUAAACCCCAGGGUCGGAACGCUCCUUAUUUCCCCGCGUUGUUGAGUCACCAUAGUCCACCGAACGCCGAACAGUUGAGGGAGGAUGGAUCCGCGUUAGUUUGUACAUUUUGUUAUCAUAGUUUAGUGAGUCAGUGGCGUAGGUACGAGGCGCAGGGAGCUGCCGCACCUCACGCCGAAAGAAGAGAAUAUAACACGAGAGAUUAUUGUUGUUAUGUUUGCGGUGUGACGACUUAUAGAAAAAGAGUCAGGGCCCUAUUGAUAAAGGACUUUCCUUUUCUCCGAUUUCAUCCUCAACCAGAGUUUUCUCUGUUAUUAGAAAAUGGCGACUACGCUGUGGUAUGUUUAGACUGUUAUGAAACUCUUAGGACGCAAAGUUUGGAGUAUGAAAGGUGGGGUCUUCCAUUGGAUAAAAGACAAUAUAACUGGAUAUUGCAACCUCCUCCGCCAGAAGACAGUCCGGAGGCUGCCGUAGCCAGACUGCCGAGUGGCCAAAGAAGUGAUAAAGUGGUUCCUACAACGUUUUUAGCCAAACCUGCCAAGAAGAGUUCUCCUAAGAUGACGGAAAAGAAGGUUGCUAAGUCGGAUCCAAGUGUUCUUUCAAGCAGUCCAAAACUUUCAUCUACCAAUGGCAAUAGCAAACCAAGAGCGACAUCCGGUCAUACGGUGCCUGGACCUGGUCCAGGUAACCAAAACCAGAAUUCCCUGUCUUUUGCAGCGGCAUUGAGAACGUUGGCCCAACAGUCUGUGCCUCCAACUAGUGAGCAUUCUUCAUCAGCUCAUACCUCAGCAGAAGCGUCCAGGAGAGAUCCAGGAAUUAAUACAUCGGAUAAAUCUAAGGCUACGCCUGAAGUUAGUAUAUAUGGCGUGAAUAAUCCUGCAUCAGUCAGACCUUCUGAUUCAAGAAUAACACUACCUAGUCCAGCUGACAGAUAUGGAGCUCCUACUAUGUCAGAUUUAGGAAGGAGUGGCUUUCAGCCUUAUAGACCAGAAGAAAGAGUACCGGUUGUGCCGCCAGUAGGUUUAGAUGUUGGAGUUUAUCCUCCAUAUGGUUAUCCUUCAAUACCAAUGAUGGAAGAGCAACUUUAUUAUGACCGAGCUAGAUUACUAAGGCCACCGUGGCCCCCUUUCGGUCACCCAAUGGUAAAUCCAUACAUGAUUCCUGGAGCUGGAGCAUUACCCUUCUAUAUGCCUGAUAGUUUGAAGGUAGAAGAAGAACAUAGGAGACUGGUGGCGAUGAAGAAGGAUGAACAAAUGGAACGUGAACUUUUGCAACAUCAAAGAGAACGGGAACAGAGAGAGAAGGAAAGAGUACUGAGGGAGAGGGAAAAGGCUCAAUCCCGUGUUUCCCCUCAUAUUCCUCCACCUUCCCAUUUAACGGCACAGCCUCCGAUGAUGGUUCCUCUACUUCAUCCCGGGUCAAUGCUUCCGCCCACUCCUCUAGGUCUACCAUCCUCACGAAACUCAAUUCAAAUGAAUGCGCCAUUUUUACCGCCGGUUUCGUUACCUCAAGGUUACUCCGUCCCGAGGUCAAGUCCCAGCUUGCAGCGGCAGUCUCCACAUGCAGCUUCCCAUCAAUCCCACCCGUCAUCGUCUAGCUAUUUGUCUCAUCGGCAAUCUCCGGUUAUACAGCCCUCAGGACCUCUCAUUAAUAAUUCAAUGGGAUCAUCUAGUCAAGUUCCUCGCUCAUCGCCUAAACCGCCAACUCCGAAAUCUACCAGUAUUCCACAAACUCCCACGAGAGGGGGAGGGGCUUCUACCCCCGGUUCAAGGUCUAACACACCCUCUGGGGGAGGGACAUCGGGACAUAUGCACGGUGGCAGCUCUACACCGCAUCGUAGCAGCUCUACACCAGUUCAGACGAGUUCUACGCCUAAUCCACAAGAUGAGAAGCUACCUCAAGAUGCUAAUUCUAUCUCAGUUGCUCAAGUACCACCCUGUUCAAGCGCAGCCAGGAAGCCUACCAUAGCACCAAGUAAUAUUUCGAAUCAUCAAAAUCAGACCCAAGGUGUCAGCAUACCUUUUGUAUCUACAAGUAUUACCUUAACUACUAAUCAAAAAAAAGAUCAAAUCUGUCAAAUUACUGCUUCUAAAUUAAAUAAUACAUUAAAUCAUAACAUAGAAUCAAUCGUUAAUAACAAUUUGGAAAAUGGAAUUCAGGCUACACAAAGCAACCAGAAAUUAUCAUCAGAUUUUCCUCCUGUCAAAAAUAUUCGCCUUAUGACAAAUUCUUGCAAUGAGAUUAAUUUGGAUGAAGCAAAUUCGUGUCAAAGGUUGUCUGACGAGACAAAGACUACUAAUCUCAAGAUAGGGUCAUCGAAUAUGGGUUCUGAAAAGAAAACAUUGAAUAUUUCAAAUGAUAAAGAAGAAAUAACACUUGUUAACAUAUUAGGUCUGGACAAAGACUACACAAAGAGAGACAGCAUGGGAUCCCAUUCAUGGGAAGGAAGAAAAGAUAAUACAAAUAACAAGAGUAUCAUUUUUGGGAAUUCCAAUUUACCAGAGUUAAGUGCCCAAGUCAAGCAUGGAAGUACCCCAAUAAACAAUCCUAGUCACCAAACAUUCAGUCCACAGUUACCUGCUCCUUCUCCCAACUACCCUGUUCAGAGUCAAGUUACCCAAAUCAUUGCUGAGGCUCCUAAAGAGAACCAUAUUGCCCCUGCAGAUCCUGUUCCUAUUGUAAACAAUAAUUAUAUUAGUAAUAUCCCACCUACUAGUCAAACUCAUGCAGAAAACUCUUUGCAAUCGACUGAAGUUGAUGAAAAACCGAACUGCAACCUCAUAGUUAAAGAAGAUAGUAUUGCAAAUGAAAUAGAUGUCGUUGAAGAACAAGAGAUGAAAGAAGUUCUUAAAUUUCAAAAUCAAGCUAACGCAGAAAAGAGAUCAAUGGAAUGUAAACCUGUUGUAUCUAGAUUGGACGAUAGUAAAAUUGGGACCCAGUUUACGGUUUUGAAUAUUCCAACCGUAAUAGGUCCCCCCUUCAAGAGAAAAAUACUGAGCAAAAUUGAUUUGGCAGUAAUGAAAAAAAAAUUGAAGCGACAGAAAAGGUUGAAAAAACCUAGAAGAAUGAACAAGUUAACACACAACUCGGAAAACAAUGUAACAAGGCAGUUUGAAGUCAGCAUUUACGGUAAUUCCGAUAGUUCUUCAAGCUCCAGUUCUGAAUCAGAGUCAGACUGCGACGUUUCUGAAUACGAUACUUGGAUUAGAUCAGGGCCACCCUUGAAGCACUCUUAUUCUCCCAAGAAAAUGUGUUUUCUUCAGGUUUUUGGAUUAACAUCUCACACAAAGAAAAACACUAUCGAAAUGGAGAAAUUAGAGAGAAGGAAAUGGCAACAAGUAGUAACUAUUGCAGAUCAGAAGGAUCAAGAAAGCCAAUCAGAGAAAAAAGUCUGUUCUUUAAAUUUACCUGUGCCUUCAAAAUCACCUUCAGUAUUGAAUUACACAACUGAUUACAAAAAAAAAUCUAACUUCCUUCAAGUCUUGGGCCUUAAUACCGUACCUGCACGAGUUAGAGAUGAAAUGGAGAACAAUUGGAUGAAAAUAAUUGAAGAGCGCCUUAAACGAAGUGAUGAAUCUCCUCUUACUUGUUAUAGCUUGAUUUAUCAUCGUAAGCAGAAAGCCCACAUGAAUUUGGCCUCAAAUGAUCUUAUCACAGAUAAAACUGUAUCUGAUCAUUUCAAGAUCCCAAUAGUACAUCGAUUCUCAACAGCGGUCUACCAUAGCAUAAACUCUGAAAACCCCUUCUCUAAUGCCAAAAAGGUAGAUGUAAAUGUGCCUAAUUUCAACAACGUGAAAGAUAGAAGUAAGGAUUGUGGUGUCACUGUGCCCUCAUUCAAAGCCAAACAAAUUACACCUGAUAAAAAAAUGAAAUGGCCAGGGAUACAAGAAGUGAUGGAAUCAUAUGAAAGAUAUUCUAAAGAAAGGGAGCAGGAGAUUGAAACUUUGACUAGACAUAAUAAAAACCUGAAAGAAGAAGCCAAAACUUUACUCAGCCAGGAAAGAUUGCUUGUUCGCAAACAAAAAGGAUUGAACUCUGCUUUAUUUCUUAUGGAACAAGAUAAGAAACGGUUACAGAAUGAAUUUGACCAUCUAAUGAAAAUAUUUAAAAACUUUCGGUAGCGGAAGUUUUAUCAUCUCAGAUAAGAUAAAAUUUUUUUUUUAGUUGAAUUAUUUCUAUUUAUGGAAAUUUUGGAAUAUUGGACCAAAAAUCCUACUAAAAAUAUUACUUUGGUGACAGGUGGUUUAUUUUAGUCUGAUCAUUUUGUUUUGGCCAAUGCAAUAAAUUUUUUAUCUUGAAGAUGGUGUAAUCAAUCGAAAAAGACUGUGAUGGAAUAUUGCAUUUCGAGGUGGAGUAGUGUACUUAUUUCUUUGUUGGUCAAUAGUAUUAUUUCCAUAUUGACGUAUUUUUAUUGCAUAUUUAAUUUUUUUUAUAUAUAUUUAAGAUGAGAAUGUGAAACCAAAUUGGAAAAUAUUGUUGUAUGAUUUGGUAUGUUGAUUUUACGGGUGUUUAAUUUAGAUAGUGUUCACUAAUUCUGUGAUAAAUACAUUUUAGUAUCUUGACGUAAACACUGUUUCUAGCAUGACAACUGAAUAAAUGUACAGAUGAAUGA